AUGACGCUGCCCAAGCGGAGUGCAAAAGGAAGUGAACCUUUGCAAUACAUUAGUAGUAUCGCAAAAGGAGCAGAUUUGCGGUGUGACGAUCCGGACGAAGGUGAAGUUCCUCUUAUACUUGCCACUGAGUGGGCUGCUCGCGCAAGAUUCGUGCGCACAAAGACUAUCAAAGCCAUGUCUAUCGCCGUGUGGCACGAAGAGUUGAGAAUGGCCGAGGUUGUCGCCGCAAGCGGGGCCUUCAUUGGGCCUAUGGCGCUGCACGCUCGAGGGAUGGAACUGUUGACGCCAGAGGAAGCGAUGUAUCUGGCUGAGAAGCGAGAACUGGAAAUAUUUGUGGCUGAAUCUAAAAUACCUCUGUCUUUAGAGCAAGCACGUAUUCUACUGCUGCAGAGUGUACCAUCACAAAUAUACAAGACAUAUGGGUACCUCAAACGAUUAGGUUUUGUGGUGCGACAACACAAUGUUGAUCGAUGGCGUGAAAUAUCAACUGCCGAUAGAGCAAAGGCCUUGUUAGAUCCGAGUGCAAAGGAUCAACCGAAUGACGCCGCUCAUAGUUGCGGAAGUACAGAUAAAAAACCAGUGGAUAUGCAAACAAGUUCUCUGGACAAAUGCAAAGGUGUACCUCCAGCUGUGUCGACAGAGUCACCAACAUUAUCGGGGAUAGAUGCAUCGGAAGUAUCGUCGGACAUAAUACCAGAGGAAACACAGAAAGAGAUCGGAAUCACUUCUCAGCCAUCUAGGCCUAAUGUCAGUAGUUCAGCCGAAAUUAAGGAAGAAGGGGAUAGUCAAACCAAAACGACCAAGGCUCGGAAUGAUAAGCCGGUGCUGGAACCGUUUGAGCUUCCCCUGAGACCUUGCACUGUGUUUCACAUGGAUGUCUGGAUCAAGCCUAGCAGUUUCAAGCGUUCGAGAGCCAGUCGCCCGGACUUUGUAGUCCGAUGUAUAUUAUACAACGAGGAUUCCGUCUCGCGUGACUUCCUAAAGCAAACCAGGGAAUUGUGUGAUGGUAUCCCAGUUCGUGUGGCGGCGGUAGCCGAAGGGACCGUUAUGUUUUUCUCUACUUUAUUCAAAGGCGCGCGAUUAGAAUAUGGAUCUGCUUAGCUCGCUAUAUUUCUCGUCAAUAUAUAGCAAGAUCACAAAUAUGCAGAGUGGUAACGGGACCAAAUUUACCUGCGGGUAUGUGUGUUGGGUGGGUAGGAGCGAAUCGACAUAUAGUACAAAUGGUAUGUAUAAACAGUCUACAACCGAGUAGACCAUCGCCAGCAUUUCGAAACAUGUUAUACCUAUGCACGUGCCAUCACGGGGGGGGCAUGAGUCAUGGCUUUCUGCUUCUUCUGGGCCUUUUCUCUCUUGCGCUUGCAACAGCAUACAAGCGCAAAUAUUAGUGCGAUCGCAAUCAGAACGCCAAAGACGAUACCCACAAUUGCCCCGGCGGACAUUGAUCCGCCGGAUGAUAUGGAGUCGUUGCUCAACUCAGUGAUGGCUGCGUCUCUGAAAUCGGUCUCUACACAUCCCACGUUGUCGGGCGCACAAGAACAUAGGUCGUCGUUAGCGACAUAACCGAUCAUGCAUACCUUCUGCCCUGUCUUGACAUCGCACACAUGAGAUGGGCCAGAGACGCACUUCACGCUGCAAUCCUCUGUGUAGUAGUUUGCCUUGCACAGCAAAUCACCAUUCUUAUCGCAGGUGGUCGAUUCGGUCUGUGUGCACUCUUUAUCACACUCAUCGCCAAAAAAACCAGCGUGACAAACCUUGUUUCCAUCGAUAUCACAGGAGUACGCCUCUGAUUCUUUGCAAACAACUAAGCAAUCUGGCAGAACAUGGAAACCUUCGCGACAGAUAUCUUCCCCAGUCGCGCUAUCACAGUAGACAUUAGUAGAAUUACGGCACCCUAUUGAGCAGUCCUCACCCCCAAAUCCGGGGUUGCAUCUCAGUUCACCUUUACCGUUACAGUACAUGUUGGGACUGGUAGGCUCGCAGGCGAUCUGACAAUCGCCGCCGUAGAAGCCGUAAGGGCAUGUCAGCUUCACCAGUGCAUCCACUGCUGGUGCAUCAAAUAUCUGCCAUGACUGGAAAUCGUCGAACGAGAAGCACUGCACAGAGGGCUGACCUAGAGCCUCGGGUGCACCCUCGUGAUCGUGGAAUGGACUGAUCUUCAUGAAGAUGUCUUUGGGUAUAUCGCUAUCGGCCGUAAUGUUGACAAAGAAGUCAAAGUCGGCGGUGAGAACGUCUUCCAGCACAUCGGUAGCUGAGUUGUACAAAUCGCACGCGACAGCGUCAUUAACCUCGGGACAACUGCCAGAGGGCUUAGUUCCGAUGCACACAUGCAGGAAAGGGUUGCACCAGGCACCUCCACUUGCACAUCCACCCUGGCACUGCGGUGACGUUAAACUGGGCUGGUUGCACUCGAAGGUUCCAACAUCACAGUCACAUCUCGAAGUAGUGUAGGAGUUCACCUUCACGAGAAUAUUACCCGCGAUGGAGGAUCCUACAAAGGCGGAUACUAUGGCCGCUGCAAACUUCAUAAUUAUUAUAGGCUUGUUACUUUUGGCGUGUGUGUAACUAACUCAGAACUAAGAAGCUAUGAUUCCGUAUAGCAUAGGAUCCAAGGUCAAAUAUAAAAAGAUUGCAAUAAAAAGAUCUAAAAAUUCUCCUCAGUAAGACGUAAAGCCGUAUUUAAGUCCGUAAGGUAGUAAAUAGCCGG